CAUUCCAAGCCUGGCUGUAUUUUUAAAUCAGCUGCUGUUUGUUAUUAAAACUUGAAAUAUUUUAACUCCAGUAAUUAAUAUUAAAUAAUGCCUCUAAAUUUUAAUUGUGUUUUCUAUUGAGAUAUACCUACUUUGAAUAUUGACUAACUCUCAAUUGGUGAUGUUUAAAUUAUAAAAUUGUGACUAAUAGUUUCGUGAAAAAUGAGUACUCAACAAAGUCCGGCUACUUUGCAAGCUAGCGUUGACCGCGAAAAAAUUUAUGGUUGGAUUAUUGAGUUAUCAAAUCCUGAAACAAGAGGAAAUGCCCUGGAAAUGCUUAGUAAAAAGCGUGAAGUUGUACCGGAUUUAGCGCCAAUGCUUUGGCAUUCUUUUGGUAUUGCAGCAUCUUUACUUCAAGAAAUAAUUAAUAUAUAUCCGGCAAUAAAUCCCGCAACAUUAACCGCACAUCAAAGUAAUCGUGUUUGUAAUGCUUUAGCAUUAUUACAGUGCCUUGCCAGUCAUCCUGAUACAAGAUCUGCAUUUUUACAGGCUCAUAUCCCUCUUUUUUUGUAUCCUUUUUUGCAUACAGUGAUAAAAACACGUCCCUUUGAAUAUUUACGACUAACUAGUUUGGGAGUAAUUGGUGCAUUAGUAAAAACAGAUGAACAAGAAGUAAUUACAUUUUUAUUAACCACUGAAAUUAUACCAUUAUGUUUACGAAUCAUGGAAAGUGGAUCAGAAUUGUGUAAAACUGUCGCAACAUUUAUAUUACAAAAAAUAUUAUUAGAUGAUAGUGGACUUUCUUAUAUUUGUCAAACGUACGACAGAUUCAGUCAUGUCGCAAUGAUUUUGGGCAAAAUGGUGUUAUCAUUGGCAAAAGAUCCUUCUGCACGUUUGCUAAAACACGUUGUAAGAUGCUACCUUCGUCUAUCUGAUAAUCCAAGAGCUCUAUUGGCUUUGCGGCAAUGUUUACCUGAUCAAUUGAGAGACAAUACAUUUGCAACUUGUCUGCAAGAAGACAUAUCUACCGAGCACUGGUUAAAUGAACUUUUAAAGAAUUUAGAAACUGGUCCACAGACAGGUCCUUCUGCUCAACAAGCUUCUACGCAAGCUAAUCAACAAGAUCCAAGAACUAUCGGAAUGUCACCUUUAACGUCUUGAUGAGUAUUGUUAGAAAUGUAUUACCAUUUAAGUAAAUGAUUAAUCAUAUAAUAAAGACUUGUAUUAUAAAUCAA